AUGGACGAGCUUUGGCGAUGCUGUGGAGAUACCGUGUGUCUUGGAGAUCGAUCAUAUCGUGACAAAAUGAAGAAAGAUUACACUGAAUUGCUGUAUGAAGUGGAGCAGGAGCGGCUACAAAUCAUUUACAAUGGAAUUCGACCUCAUGUAGCACCAGCAAUUGAUGAGAAUACCGAGAGUUCACGCGAUGAAGACGAAAAACAAUCAGGACGAACACUCAUCAAGGUGAAAGUGCCGUCAAUUCCUCGAGGUUUUGCUCCACGUCGUCCGCUUAACAUGAAGGACGGGAGCUCUCCCAGAAUCUCAGCCAAUUACGUUCUGGAAGACGAUGAUACCGUCGUACACAACAAUCAAGAACAGGGAACUGAGAAUAAUGGAGCUCUAAAUCCUAAAUUUGCUGCCGACGGAGCCAGUGCUGUCCAAACAAGUACACGCUUCAGUCUUGCCACUCCUCGCGAAUCCAUCUUUGUUCCCGUCACUUCCUUGCAAGAGUCAACAGCUUCAGAACAGGAACAGCCCAUUAACUUAAUGAUUAAGAGAGUAUCGCGAGUCACAGUUCAAGUGCAACAGCAACGCCAGGCUGAACUUCUCGCAUUGAGUAGACAACUGGAGCAAGUAUCCACACCAUCUCAAUCUAAAGAUGCAAUGCACGCUAUUCGCCAACCAGAGAGGGUGUUUGUGGCCCCAGUAAGAGACGCUAAAAGGGCAACAGUGCGAUCGAAACAACAAGAGGAACGAGAGUCGCUCCGAGAACUGUUUCAGCAGUUUAUGAAGCGUUCUAAAAUCUAA